UCUCUAUAAUCCAUAGUUUCGCCUGGCCAGUUUCCGGAGACUAGUUGCAGCGUCUGCCAUAGUAAACGGAGAAGAUGCAGAUAUUCGUCAAAACUCUCACCGGAAAGACGAUAACUCUCGAAGUAGAGAGCAGCGAUACCAUCGACAAUGUCAAGGCUAAGAUUCAGGAUAAGGAAGGCAUUCCUCCGGAUCAGCAACGUUUGAUCUUCGCUGGUAAGCAACUUGAAGAUGGACGUACUCUUGCGGACUACAACAUCCAGAAAGAGUCCACAUUACAUCUUGUAUUGAGGCUUAGAGGAGGCAUUAUUGAGCCUUCAUUGAUGGCUUUGGCUCGAAAGUACAAUCAGGAAAAGAUGAUUUGCCGAAAGUGUUAUGCUCGUCUUCAUCCUAGGGCUGUGAAUUGCCGUAAGAAGAAGUGUGGACACAGCAAUCAGUUGAGGCCGAAGAAGAAGAUCAAGUAGAUGAUGAUGAUGAUCUUAAGAGAUGAUGAUUACUGCUUGUCUGUUGUUGACAAGGUAUUGAGAUAUUUUGUUACGAAUUCAAACAAAUUAGUUUUUUUUGCUUUGAAUUGUUUUCGCUAAAUACUACUACUCUGAAUUGAUGGAUGCACUUGUUAUCGAAUUUUUCUUUCAAGUUCUUGAGAUUUCUUUGCUGAA